UGUCAAUAACUAUGUGUCAUACUCCAUCUACACUACAAGACUCUCAAGCUAAAAAUGAAGUGAACGUGAUUGAAAAUAAGAGAUUACUUCAACUUAAAGCUGCUACAAGUCCUUCUCCUGUAGCAUCUAAAAAAAAACUUGAAAGGGAUGGUGACAAUCUUAGCGUUAUAAACUUCUACAGUACUACAUGUAAAAGGGAGAGUAACACUGUAAAAGUUCAAAGAGAAAAUAAUCAUUUAAUUAUCGAAAAAACCGCAUCUAUUAAAACUAAAAAAGCUAAGGAGAGUAGAAAUUGCAAACAUAUAAAUAUUCAGUUACGUAAUAAUUCUAAAAUUUUGGUACAAGACAUUAAAAGCACAUAUGAUAGUAACACUAUCAACUCAGAUAAUACGAGUAUCCAGAAUAAUAAUGUAAAAGAUAAAAAGAAAAACUUUACUAAAGAAAGAAAUAAAGGUGAAAAGCCUAAAGUCAAGUUUGGAAAAGUAGAAGAAAGACAAUAUGAGAGACAAUUUGGUGGGUCUUGCGGUGUUCCCGAUGAGGGAAAUUAUCCUCUGGGAUUAGGAUGGAAUUUUGUGUGUACCACUUCUUCUCCGUUUUCUUCUUGUGACUACGAUCGAAACGAGGAAAAAAAGACUUUGAAAAAAAAUGUACAGUUUCGCUGUUUCUCUUUGACUGAAAGGGAAAGAAGGAACCUUCUAUUAUACGGAUCGAAAGAGUCACCUCGACGGAUUUAUACACGCAGAUCCAAAAGAACUAAAAAAUCUUUAAAAAUGUCGGAAAGUGAGAAGAAUUACGACGAAACGAAUCGGUUAAAACAAAUUUUAAAUAAAGAAUGUAAAAGAGAAGCUGCUGAGCUAAAAGUGAUCCGCUUUUCAAGAUUAAAAACGGGCUGCUCUUGCACUUCUUCAAAAGCGUGUACCACCAGUAAUUGCAGCUGUUUUAAAAACUCCCUAAAGUGCCACGAAGCUGGAUGUCAUUGCAGUUAUAGAAUUUGCGGGAAUCCUUUAGGAACUUAUACUUUUAACGAAGAAGAACAGAAAAGACAUAGGAAGAAAGUUUUAAGCUGUUUUAAAAAACAAACCUUAAAUAAUAAUAAAAAAUAG